UUUAUACACUGCAAUGCUACUACAUAUUGAUAUUACUAAAAGAAUAAUAAAAUAAUAAUUAACAUGAGAAAUAGUCAGUAAAAUGAAAAUAUAUUUCUUUGAAAUGAAGAAAGAUGAAUAGUUUUUUUUUAAACAUUAACGCUUGUUGUGUUCAUGUUUGCAUUUUAUUCAAAUAACUUGUAUAGGUAAUGCGGUGAGAAUCAAUACUUGAUAAAGUGUUAAAUUUUGAUAGUUAUUGUACGAAUUGAGAGAUUGGUUUUAUAAUUUGAUAAUUAGUGUAUUACAUACACGUCGUCUCUAUUUAUCUCGAAUUUUGACUUUAGAUAAUAUUCAUCAUGUGGGAUGUAGAAGUAAAUACGGUUGUAUUUCAAACAAUAUCGACUAUGAUAUUUUUUAUAUUCACUUAUAAUAUUGUUAGAUAUUAUUCUGCUGAAGAUCGUUAUCUUCAAAUAAGGGAUUCGACUAAGAAGCACAGUUGGAAAAUGAUUAGUAGCGCAUCAAAGGUAGUUUAUUGUACAAUUUGUGAAGCAUUGUUACUGAAUAUGAAUGGGUUUAUUUGCGAUUCUUGCGGCGUCUGUGCAGAUCAUAGUUGUGUUAAAGUAGCAGAUAAAACUCUGAAAUGCAAAGCUAUAACUAUAUCCAGUGAUGAACCAAUGAAACAUCAUUGGAUUAGAGGGAAUUUACCACUUGUUGCGAUUUGCAAUAUUUGUUCUGAGGAGUGCGACACAGAACCUGGUUUAAAGGACUGGUGGUGUUGUUGGUGUCAACGAUGUGUACACGACGUUUGUAAAAGUUCAUUAAAUGAGAUUUGCGAUUUUGGCAGAUUUAAACUGAUGAUAAUUCCACCGAUAAGUUUACAAGUAAUUAAUAAACGAAGUACAAUGAAAAGUCGUAUGCGUCUUCGUUCUAUAAUUCCGCCUUUGUGGGAGAAGUGGAAUCCUCUUAUUGUCGUUGCUAACAGAAAGUCAGGCAAUAAUGAUGGCGGAGAAAUCUUAUCUUUAUUCAGAAGAUUUCUUAAUCCCGCACAAGUUGUUGAUCUGGCUGAUCGAGAUCCAGUCGCAGCCCUUGAAUGGUGUCGUUUACUGGGAAAGAAUCCUUGCAAAGUGCUUGUCGCAGGAGGAGAUGGUACAAUCGCAUGGCUUUUAAAUGCAAUUCAUAAACUUAAACUUGAACCUGUUCCGUCUGUGGCAAUUUUACCUUUAGGAACCGGUAAUGAUCUAUCUCGAGUUCUUGGCUGGGGAAAAGAACACGAUUCGAAUUUAGAUCCAGCUGAAAUUUUACAGAAUCUUCAAACGGCGAGUUCGGUAAAACUUGAUAGAUGGAAUGUUGCAGUAAAACCUUCCGGGAGCAGUCUUGGAUUCAUUGGGUCUGAAAAGCAUUUAUUCAUGUAUAAUUACUUAAGUAUCGGCGUGGAUGCUCAGGUGACGUUAAAUUUUCACAAAACUCGAGAAAGUCGUUUCUACUUCUUCAGCCAUAGAAUAUUUAAUAAGCUUCUCUAUUUAUGUUUCGGUACUCAACAAGUAGUGGAAAGAGAAUAUAAAGAUUUGGAUCGAAGAAUCGAGGUUUUCCUGGACGGUAAACGAGUCGAGUUACCUUCAAUAGAAAGUAUUGUGAUUUUAAACAUUAAUUCCUGGGGAGCUGGUGUCGAUCUCUGGAAUAUGGGUGUUGAAGAUGACAGUGUAGAUAGGCAGAGUAUAAACGAUGGCAAACUAGAAGUUGUUGCUAUUUUUUCGUCAUUCCAUAUAGCGCAGUUGCAAAUGGGACUUUCCCAACCGUUGCGACUUGGUCAGGCUAGUAAAGUUAAGAUAAAACUUUUAGAGUCCUGUGCGAUGCAAGUUGACGGUGAACCUUGGUGCCAACAACCUUGCGAAUUUAAUGUUACUUACUGUAAUCAAGCUUCAAUGCUUAUGAAUUCUUCUUUUAAUUCGGAAGAUUGAUUAUUCAUUGAAAGAUAAAAAUCAAAUUUUUAUACAUCACUUUACGUUAUCAGAAAUAGCAUUUUUAAAUAUUUAAAUUUAGGUAAGAGUUUUUAUAUUUAUUUUAAUAUAGUUUAACCAUUUUUUAUCUUUUAUAAUAUAAAGUGAUACAUGAAGAUUCCUAUUUAAAAAUAAACUAGUUUCUACUCUGAUGAAUCUAAUUAGUUAAUAAGAAAAAGAGAGGUACUUAUUUUCUAGUCAAAUUAAGUUUAGGUACUUGUAUUUCAAAUUAUAAAAUCUAAAUAUAAUACUG